AAAUUAUAUUGCUGUAGCUAAUCGCGAUCUAAUGUCGCACUUAAAGUUUUGUCAACAAUCUCAAAAUUUUAGUGUUAUAAAGAAACCGGAUGUGUUACUUCCUAAUUCCAAAGUUCUGACCCAUUGUAGGUCCAUGAGUACAAGCUUUAAAAUAAAACAUGAUGACAGCAGGUUUUUUAUUGAGACGAAAGAAGGCGUCGCACAGUUGAAGUAUGAGAUUAACGAUGGAAUAAUGGAUAUAAAGCACACUGGUGUCCCUAGAGCGUUGGGCGGACACGGUAUAGGCAAGCUAUUGGCCAAGGCUGCUUUGGAUUAUGGGGUGCAACAUGGACUGAUUAUAAAGAUAUCCUGCAGUUUCGUAAAGGACUACGUUUUUAAUUAUGGACCGCAAUAUGAAAAACAUAUCAUGCAUUAACUGCUGUAACUGAUUAAUAAACCAAAAUUGCAUCAAAAUGGAUUC